AUUAUAUUUAUUUUAUUAUAUUAAGCUACAACUAACAAUCAUCUGAUUUGAUUAAGAACUUUAUAAUGACCGAAAAGAAUGAAUUAUUAUCAACUUAUAAUGGUUAGUUCAUUGUGGUCAACUUUGUUUAAUUGAAUUUUAUUUUUUUUUUUAUUGUGAUUGUAUGAUAAACUAAGAAAAGGAAUUUUUGCCGCCUUUUUGGAAAUGUCAAAAAGUUCAUUUUCAUCAACAAGUAAAAUUCGUCGUGGAAUUACUUCCCGAAAAAGUAAUUAUUCGCCAUUAAAAGAAACAUUUGAUCCAAGCGAUAGAAUGAUGAUAAAAUCAAAUCGUGGUAAAAGGCGAACCGGAACAAGAAAAAAGCAAGCAAAAACAACAUCACGACCAUCAUUGGUCAAAAGAAAGAUUAAACAAAAAGGAAAAAUGAAAAAACAUUUAUCGAAAUUCCGAAUUUCCACAAUCAAACGCAAACGACGUUCAAUUGCGGCUAAAUAUUCACGGAUAUCGAGUAAAUCAAGCCCGAAAAGUAGUCGUCGUAGUAGACAAAGUCUAAGUAGUAGUACUCCAAGUACAAUAUAUCAAUCACCGGUAAUGAAAGUCAAAACGAUGACAAAAACAUCCAAACGACGUGGAAGAGGAAGACGAUCAUUAUCUACCGGUAGUAUAAAAAUGAAAAUGACUACUGCAAAAUCUAAACGUCCAUCGCGUAAACAACCAAGUCGCCGAUCAUUAUCAUCAAAAAUUUCAAUGAGCAAACGUCGUAGUCAAAGUAAAGCAUUGAUUAGAAAAAAUCGUGUUGGUUUCAAAUAUUUUCUAAGUCCAAAAGUAAUGAAAAUGAUGAAAGAAUUUGAACCAUCAUCACCAUCAUCAUUAUCCAAAUCUAGUUCAAUUUCUGGUCGCAAAGGAAAAGGUCGUCGCAGCGGUGGUGGCAUGUUAAACAGUAGUAAUUCAUUUUUACUAUAUAAACUACCACCGGAAGAACGACAAGAAUUAUUCGAAAUGGCAGAUGAAUUAAUCAAUGAUUCAUUUAUCGAUGAUAAUAGUGAUAUUGAUCAAUUAUUUUCCGAGUUGAAUGCUGCCUUACCAAAAGUAUUUGGUCAUCGUGCCAGAAGUAAUACCGUUAGUGGCAGUAAUGUUUCGAUCGGGGAUCAACAACAACAACAACUAAAUGAUAGUCGAAUUAAAACGAAAAAAAAGUCAUCGAGUCAGAGUAGUAUCAAGAAUAUCGGAAAAUAA